AACGAAGUGGGAAAAAUGCACUUAGUGUUUGACUACUCCAAUCCUGCUGGAACUCUCAUUGAUAAUCAUACGUGUGAUUUUGGGACGACAUGUGAUGUUUACUUCCUGCUCUGUCUCAAAAGCCCCACGGGCACGUUCUGCGAUAUGUACAAUGGGACCACAGGAGUCUAUCCAGACGUGACUGUGGUGAGCGCAGCAGCCAUGAAUGAAACGAUGAUACCGCUAAUCCCACCCAUCAGUAAAACCGUGGAUAUACUAAUCGAGGUAUGGGAUUUCGACAUUGUUUCCAGUCCUGAUUUUAUCGCCCAAUUCGGAGGAACACUAAAUAUGGAAAGACUUUCACGGAAUUGGUCAGCAAUACCGCUCUUCCGGAAGGACCUCGUUUACAUGAAUAAUAUUCUCAUGGAGGCCUUUGUACGUGUGGACUGCCUGGGACAGGAGGCGAACGGUUCAUGCAUCAUCGUGUGCAGGCCCCGUGACGGAGUGAAUACGUGCGACGCUGAUGGCAAUUUCAUUUGUCUAAGAGGGUUUACGGGUCCAACAUGUGAUCAGAUUGACCAGUGUGGCACAAACAAUUGUGCAGACUACGCCACCUGCCAGUCGUUACAAAAUGGCUACAAGUGCGUAUGUGGAGGCUACGAAGGUAGCGUAUGCGAGAAAGGAUAUAAUCCUUGCUUUUCUGAGUUACUCUGUGGUCCUCACGGCGAGUGUAGAGCUGACGGACCAGAGUACGAGUGCGUGUGUGACAUAGGCUGGGCUGGCAGGCUCUGUGACAGGGAGGCUACACCAUGUGAACGUGCGGCUCAGGAAUUGGGCCAGUCACCUGUUUGCCUCAACGGUGGCACCUGCCAGAACACCGAUGACAAUAAGUACUACUGCCAGUGUCUCCAGCCCAGAGCAGGACCCAGAUGCGAGAUAAUAGACACCUGCGGUGCCGAAAAUUGCUCUGGACAUGGUACUUGUGUGUUUCUGGAUUCAAAUGAGUCCGCUUUCCAUUGUGAAUGUAACCGCGGAUGGACCGGAGUCUCCUGCAAUCUCCAAGUGCUGACGCCUUGUCAAAUCGCCAGUCAAAAACUUAACACAGAUGUGUCAACGGUGUGUCUACAUGGUGGUGUAUGCGUCGAUAACGCUAACGGUGUGGACUUCAGCUGUGAGUGUUCCCAAGGCUGGUUUGGGAGACAAUGUGAAAUCUUCUUCACUCAGGUAGUAUCCUGCUAUACAUUAUACUUCAUUUUGCCCAUGGGAAUAUUGUCCCUUAUCAUCGUUAUAAUUAUCGCAGUGACCUACAGAAGAUUGGCACGACGAAAGUUUCGCGAUCAGACCAAACCCAUGACGUAUGCCACCCGACAGACCAGUGAAAACAGUCAGGACUCAUUAAACUGUGAAAUAACCCCAUACGCAAUCUACAUCCCAAGAAAGGGCGGUACUGCCGCCUAUCGUCAAUGUAACGACCCUUACUACUUCGGGCCAAUGAGGAACCAAGAAGAGAUACCGUCAAACUGUCAAAAAUCCCAUGCAGUGACACUUAACAGAAGGAGCGCUGGAGAUCCUACGCCUGUCCUGCCACCAAGGGAUGCUUCAUGUUAA